AUGGCACAAGAAAAGAGAGCUUGUAGUCUUUUGUGUAACAAAUUUAUCUCUUAUUGGUUUCCAUCUGUAGAUGAAGAUUAUAAGGAUUAUGAACAACGUAGAGAACCAACAUCUACUGGCGCCACCAUCUCUUGCAAUGAUAAAAUAAGUAACGUCACUGAUACAUCUGUGAUAAAUUUUGUUUAUUAUGAUCCUGAUAUUAGUUUUACGGAUGGAACCUCUUUAAAUAUGCCCAUUGGAUUUGAUUUCCGAAUUUCUGCCAAUAAUUCGUUUGCAAAUGAUAGUAGUCCAGCCUUUAUAACAUAUCCAAUAAUAAAACUUGUUGAUCCAAAUUUAUUUAAUAACAGCAACAGACAUGCUGACGAUAAGCUAACCGAGGUUUUGAGUGAAGGAUCUAAUAUGUACGCUCUUUCGCCGUAUCAGAGACAAAUUAUAUGGUUAGAUCGAGUUAAAUAUUCAGAUCUUGGAGGUUCUUUAAAGCGUGGAGUUUUGUCAGUUGCAGUAAAAUCAUCCGAACAUACGUUUAAUUAUUUUGGACUUUCAACGAGAAUACAAACUCUUAACCCGUUAAACCCACAGGUCAUUCCAUCACAAUUCACUACUACUUUUGAAAUAUAUAAUCAAUCAUCAACUUUAAUUACUUAUAAGGAAUCAGAUAAAGCUUCCCAAUUCAAGGUUCUCACCUUCUUUACCUCACUUGGUGGAGCAAAUGCUCUCCUUGUAACCUUUUAUAUAUUCUUGUUUGGUAAAAAAGCUCCAGGCAUGCUACCAUUCCUCGUCUAUCCAUUUUUGUGUUGUUCAGGACCGGCACGUUUUAUACAUGAUAGAUUAAUAGCUCCAAAAAAAGUAAAGGACUUAGAGAAUAAUGAAUCAGUGCGAUUAUAUAGAAUAUGA